AUGCUAGGACAAUCAUUUGAGAGAGUUGAACAACUACAAAAUGAAUUCGGUCCAAAUCGACUCAAACCCCCGCCAAAGCCAUCCCUUUGGAGGAUAUUUGGUAGACAAAUUGGUAAUGCUAUGACGCUCGUAUUGAUAGCAGCAAUGGCUGUUUCCUUCGGUACGCAAGACUGGAUUGAAGCAGGUGUUAUUGCUGCACUCGUUAUUCUCAACGUUACUGUUGGUUUCACCCAGGAAUGGAAAGCUGAAAAAACUGUAGCUGCACUCGAGAGUGUAGGAAGCCCAGUAGCUGUUGUCGUACGCCACGAUCCCUCAAAUAAAGGCCGCGAGGGUAAAAUUUUAGAGGUACAAACGGAUGAAGUAGUUCCAGGUGACAUAAUGAUUGUCAAAAUCGGUGAUGUUAUACCUGCGGAUGGAAGAGUUAUUGAUAACCACAUCUCUAACCUCGAAGUUGACGAGGCAUUGUUAACUGGUGAAUCACUCCCUGUCGCAAAAGCCGCGGAAACGCUACAAGAUAAGACUUGCCCAGUUGGUGACCGCAUCAAUAUGGUUUUCUCAGGUAGUCAAGUCACCAAAGGUAGAGCAAGGUGCGUUGUCACAUCAAUUGGUAUGGCUACAGAGCUUGGUGCUAUCUCUGAAGCGCUCGCUACUAAGGCCGACUCAAAGAAGCGCGGCUGGAAGAGGCAUUGGGAGAAAUUCCAAGUAUUUUUAGGCGUCAAAGGCACAACGCCACUACAGAUUAAAUUAAAUAAACUUGCUUAUUUGUUGCUAGCAUUAGCAAUCAUAUUUGCUAUUGUCGUAGUUAGUUCAACUGGAUAUAAGGAUAUUCCAGAUUCUACAGCUACAUAUGCAGUAGCUACAGCUAUUUCGGUUUUACCUGCAUCGCUUAUUGCCGUCGUAUCGUUGACGCUUGCAACAUCCUCAAGAGAGUUAGCAAAGAGAAAUGCCUUAGUACGCAAAAUGGAUGCGAUUGAGACACUGGCUGGUGUAACUGACAUUUGCUCAGAUAAAACCGGUACAAUCACGGUAGGAAGGAUGGUACUGAAGAAAGCUUGGGUCCCUUCAAUGUCUGAGAAAGUCGAUACAGAAGUCGGUCAAAUAUACUCCGUCGAAUCAGGCAAAGACCCUUACUAUCCAAGAGGAACAAUUCAAGCACUUGAUGAAAACACAGUUGAGGAGGAUGAAAGCGCAAAUUCAGACUCUGAUGCUGUUCAAGUCAACGAUUUGGAUCCCUCGUUCCAAGACCUCGUUCAAUCCGCUGCAUUAAACAAUAUGGCAACAAUUUCAGCUGGUGAAGAAGGAAGCGAAUGGGAUGCCAAUGGUGAUCCAACUGAGAUUGCUCUGCAAGUAUUUGCACAUAAAGCUGGCCAUGGAAAACCACACCUCACCCAUCCACCUAAACAUAGGGCCAAGAAGGAUCACCAUCCUUCCCCAAGAGCUGAAGUAGAGGGUCACUUUGAGAUGAUCAUUGAGCAUCCAUUUGAUUCAUCAAUAAAGAGAAUGUCUACAGCCUGGAAAUUCGUCGACACUAAAGGUGAUGACGGCUCAAAGCAACAUGUUUACAUUUAUAUGAAAGGUGCAGUUGAGAGAGUACUGGAGAGAUGCACCCAUGUUUCGAUGGGCGAUAAGGCAAUUGAAAUGACAGAAGAAGCAAAAGACAACAUACUCAAGAAGAUGGAUGAACUAGCAGCAGAAGGACUGCGUGUCUUAGCUUUAGCUGGUAAGACCGAUAAGUUAUCCAACGCGCAAGCCGUAAAAGAAACCAAGAGAGAUGAACUUGAGAAAGGUUUCGGAUUAGUUGGUCUGGUCGGUAUAUUUGAUCCACCAAGACCUGAAUCUAAGGGUGCUGUAUACGAUUCAAGACGUGCUUCCAUUGUCGUACGCAUGCUUACAGGUGAUCACGCAGCCACAGCCGCAUCUAUCGCUAUGUCAGUUGGUAUAUUGGAUAAAAACCAUUCAAAAUCAGCCGUAAUGACAGGUCAAGAAUUUGAUGCAAUGUCUGAUGAAGCGAUUGAUGAACUCGAUGAACUUCCAGUCGUUGUUGCCAGAUGUGCGCCAGAGACUAAAACCAGAUUCGUCGACGCUCUUCACCGCCGCAAGCGUCUUACCGUUAUGACUGGUGAUGGUGUUAACGAUUCACCUGCACUCAAGAGAGCUGAUGUUGGUGUUGCUAUGGGUCUUAACGGUUCUGAUGUCGCUAAAGGUGCUGCUGAUAUUGUCCUGGCUGAUGAUAACUUCUCCACAUGCGUUAGAGCUGUUAGGAAAGGUAGAUCCGUUUUCACUAAUUUGUCCAAGUUCUUGGUAUACUUGUUGGCAGGAAACGUUGCUGAAGUCCUCGUGUUGCUUAUUGGUUUAGCUAUCAGAUCUGAUGGAAAUGCCGUCUAUCCAAUUUCACCAGUUGGUGCAUUGGUUAUUAACACUUUGACAAUUGGUCCAGUAGCUUUUGCGCUCGGUAUUGAGCCAACUGCUGAUGAUACAAUGCUUCAACCACCAAGCAACUUCUUUAGCAUCUUCACACCAACCUGGUUCUUGGACUUGUUCUCUUAUGGAUUCGUAUCUGGUGCUAUUACAUUCGCAAACUAUGUUAUUGUCAUCUAUGGAAGAUACGAUGGUAAUGAAGAUGUCUCCGCUAACUGCAAUGAGGGAGAAGUCACAGGAGAAUGUCAAGUCAUCUACAGAGCAAGAGCAGCAGCAUAUGCGUCCUUAUUACUCAUGCUAAUGGUACUUGCUUUUGGUUGCAAACAUACAACUCGGAGUGUAUUCCAAAUGAACUUGUUAGACAACAAGUUGCUCAUUUGGUCUGCAGGUUUGCUCUCAUUAAGUGUCUUCCCGGUAAUCUAUAUUCCUGUUAUUAAAGACCGUGUUUUCCAAGUCACUGGGAUAGGCUGGGAAUGGGGUAUGAUAGCAGCUUCUGUCCUGAUAUUCAUUGCCUACAUAGAAGGAUAUAAAGCACUCAGACGUUGGUUCAUAAGAAGAUCAAGCAAGAAGGAGGACCUUGAAUCAUCCACUGAUAGAGAAAUACGCUUAGCACCAACAAUGGAACCAAAUACACUUUAA